AUGAUUAGAACUAUAGCUCGUUGGGUUACAGAGGUGCGCAAACCAUUACACCACGUCAAGGUGCAGUCUCGUGAUGGAAUAAGAGCUGAAAGUUUUAUCCUAAUCCCUAAAUGCAGCCUAGAUGGCCAGCUAAAACAAUGGCGACUGAAUCAUGAUGAUGUUCCUUCGGCCUGGAAACAACCUCUGUCGUCUGUGCUUAUGAAAUGGGCUCCACAUUGCAUGGAUCAUCAUCCUACUGAUGACGAAUUGCUUAUCGGUGGUGCUGAAUCUUGUCUACUCUAUUCUGCCUUACGAAUGGAUGUUCCGAUUCGUGAAUGGACAUGGGGUCGGGAACCUGUGCAUUGUGUAAAGUUUAAUCCUGUGGAAUGUAAUGUUGCCUGUGCUCUUCUGAAGGACAACUCCCUGAUGCUUCUCGACAGCCGACAAGAUCUUCCUUUGAGAAAGGUAAUACCCAUCUCUAACAGUUAUGCUUUCACUGUUUGUUUUGUUUUUGUUUAUUUAAUGUACGAUUGCACAGUCAAAGAUUACCCUGGAAAAACAGAUUGGUGA